GUUACCAGCAGCAGUGCCAGCGCUGCAGACUGUUUGGAAUAGUUUAAAUGCUUUGACACUCUGGAUGUACUAGAUGGCAGGGGAGGCAGUUUACAGCGUAAUUCAUAUGCAAAACUGCACUAUAAAUUUAAAACCUGUCUCAGUUGCCGUGGCACCACUAAGCAUUUCAUCAGCAUACAGUACAGUAUUUCUGCCAUCUUUGUUUGCAUUGCAGUGACUCAUCAAAAGUCUGUCUUGUACCAACACUGAGAGCAUUCCUCUGGCACUGAUAUUUCUCUGUUUUUAAAGCUUCGGUUUGAAACUGGCAUUUACUUCAGGUCCCUAAUCAAAGGGCUCUAUUCAUUGCAGAGAGCAGCCUGAAUGUUAAUCUGCAUCCGGCCUAUUCAUUUAGAUGCUGUGCACUGCCGUGGAGAUUUGACUUGGUAAAAGCUUGAGCUACAGCAGAUACAAACGGAGGGGCUGAUACUAUUUUUUUUUUCCCCCUGAGCCAUCGCCGUCGCCGCACAGAGCGCAGCCGACGGGGCGAUAAGGAGGGACCGGGGACCCUCCGGCGGGCGCUGGAUGUGCGGGCUGUAAGAUGUGCCCUACUUUGGAUAUCCCUGCAUUGAAUGUCUGAGGAGCUCCAGCUGAUCCUGAGCCAUGUCGCAGAUGUUGCACAUAGAGAUUCCCAACUUUGGGAACACCGUUCUGGGCUGCCUGAACGAGCAGCGGCUGCUGGGGCUGUACUGCGAUGUCUCCAUCGUGGUGAAAGGCCAAGCCUUCAAGGCUCACCGGGCGGUGCUGGCCGCCAGCAGCCUCUACUUCCGAGACUUGUUCAGUGGGAACAGCAAAAACGCCUUCGAGCUGCCGGGGACGGUGCCCCCCGCUUGCUUCCAGCAGAUCCUCUCCUUUUGCUACACCGGCAAGCUCACCAUGGCUGCGAGCGAGCAGCUGGUGGUGAUGUACACGGCGGGCUUCCUGCAGAUCCAGCACAUCGUGGAGAAAGGGACAGACUUGAUGUUCAAGGUGAGCUCUCCCCACUGUGACUCUCAGACCGCCAUGAUCGAAGACCCCAGCUCGGAGCCGCAGAGCCCCUGCAACCAGCUGCAGUCGGCCUCGGCGCCAUACGUCAUGUCCCCCUCCAUGCCCAUCCCGCUCCUCACCCGCGUCAAGCACGAGAACCUGGAGCUGCAGGCGGCCACCGUGCCCGGCUUGGCAGCCAAGCGGCCCCUCGAGCCGGCCGCCCGGGACGGCGCGGGAGGCGGUGGCCCCACCGCCGGCCCGCUGAAGCUGUCCCGCGUCUCCUACUACGGGGUGCCCAACCUGGCCACCCUCCUGCCCAACGUGCAGCAGGUGCAGUACUCGCAGGGGGAGCGGACCAGCCCCGGCGCCAGCAGCAUUCCCACCACCGACAGCCCCACAUCCUACCACAACGAGGAGGAUGAGGAAGACGACGAGGCGUACGACACCAUGGUGGAGGAGCAGUACGGGCAGAUGUACAUCAAGUCCUCGGGAGGCUACUCUGUUGCUCAAGAAAAGCCAGAGCAGAUCCCGCUGGAGAACCGCUCCUGUGUCCUCAUACGCCGGGAUUUAGUUGCUCUCCCAGCCAGUCUUAUCAGUCAGAUCGGAUACCGCUGCCACCCAAAACUCUACUCAGAGGGAGAUCCUGGAGAGAAACUCGAGCUCGUCGCAGGCUCAGGUGUUUACAUCACGCGGGGGCAGCUGAUGAAUUGCCACUUAUGUGCCGGUGUCAAACACAAGGUCCUCCUGAGACGUCUUCUGGCCACGUUCUUUGAUCGGAACACGCUUGCCAAUAGCUGCGGAACUGGAAUCCGGUCCUCCACCAGCGACCCUAGCAGGAAGCCCCUGGACAGCAGGGUCCUUAAUGCAGUGAAAUUGUAUUGUCAGAAUUUUGCCCCGAGCUUUAAGGAAAGCGAGAUGAAUGUUAUAGCGGCCGAUAUGUGCACCAACGCCCGCCGGGUCCGCAAGCGCUGGCUCCCGAAGAUUAAGUCCAUGCUGCCGGAGGGGAUGGAGAUGUACCGCACGGUCAUGGGCUCCACCACAAACAGUGUCCCCCUGGAUCCCGAAUUCCAGCCCAACUCUGCUCAGGUCUUUGAGCAGCGAAUCUAUGCAGAAAGGAGGAGCGAUUCAGGAACUAUAGUAGCUCUGAGAACUAACACGGUGAACGUAGAUCUAAGCAAUGGAUCCAGCCAGUCCUUUGAACAGAGCGAGGAUGCCGAAGGGGCUGGCUCUGUUAUACAAGAGGCAGCUGCCACAGAUGCGAUGGCAUCGGAUACCCAAAGCACUCCGCAACCUUUUGAACAAGGUUCUGGCUCCUCCAGCCGGCCCGAAACUCCGGUGAGAAGACAAGAUGGUACUUACGGAGGGACUUUAUAAAGAGAGCAAACGUUUUGUGACCUAUAAGGGAUCUGUAAUACUAAAGCUGCUUGCAUGCAUUACUAAUACAAAACAAAAAUGUGAUCAAGCCACUUACCUACUGAACUGCUACUGUUGCCUGAAAAAAAUGUGAUUUUUAUUCUGCUUGUAUUUAAAAUUUAUGAAGGAAAUAAUCGCAUUCGUUAUACUGUAAACGACUAGGUCUGUGGCGACCUACUUAAAAAAAGAAAAAACUA